AUGAAGUUCGUUAUAUUAGCUUUACUUGCUUUGGCGUCUGGCCUUCAUGCCGAGAAAUUAGACCUCAAGGAAUUAAAGUUUGUCCUUUUUGGAAAGCAUGGCGAAGGCACCAAAACAUCAGUUGCAGCCGGUACAUGCCCACUCGGAGCUCUUCCCGACACUGUAUUCCUUCACAAGACCUUUGAAAAGGCAGGUCAUUUCUUCACAUGGGUCAGACCAGUACAUGGUAAGGUAGAUGAACUAGUAUGUGGAAACCAUGCUGUUUGGAAGGCUGGUGCUGGUGAAGUACUUCUUGACUUGCACUUUGUAGGUAAAAAGGAAUCUGAGAAGUUCCUCCACUUGGAACUUUUCCACCCAGCUGUAGGUUCACACCACCUAUUCCUCAAAUUCGCUGCUGGUGCUAGUCCUGGUGUAGGUGUUCAUCUUGGUAUGGCAGCCUUUGUAGUUGGUGUCCAUGGAUUAGUCGAGGGACUUGCUGGACUCGCUGGUCUUCCUGCUCAUCCAUUUGUACAUGCAUUGGCUGCACAUGCUGCUCAUGUUCCACAUGAAGUUGGUGUUGUUAAGGCUGCUCUCUAA